CUUGCCCAACCGGUGGUGACAAGGUGGUCACCUUCAUCUCCCAAUGCGGACCACGCUUCUACAAGCUGGGUUGUGUCAGUUUUUGAGAUCCACGGACACCUACCUGCCGGAGCUCACUCGCAACGACUUGUCCCAGCCGUACGUGCUGCACCAGCCUCUAGCCGUGCACCCAUCCGCUUCUCUUCACCAGAGAUACAGGCGCGAGCACAAUUUCGCGGACGGCGGCAGCCAAGCAGAGAUCCAACCAGCUCAUGGACGUCCCCGGCCACAGCUUGAGCAGUCGCGCCCCCCUUGCGCUGCACCGCACUGCUGCUCGAUGGACAGCCAAAGCACAGCGCUGCUGAUGGCUAGCACCAACCUGCUCCUGUUCUUAUCUUUGUGCAGCAGAGCAGUUACUUCCGUGUACAAGAGUCCUGUAAUGGGGAGACUCGUGUGAUUUUGAUUUUGCUAAUUCCAUUAUGUAGCACGGACCCGUUUAAGCUGGCAACUGGCAUGCUAAUAUCUCUGAACGUUCUCUCA